GCGGGCGGCGGCGGCCGCGGCGGGGCGGCGCGGGGACCGGGCCCCGGGGGGAGCCGGCCGGGCUGCUGCUGCUGCUGCUCCAGGUGCUGCCGCCCGGGGCUGCGGCUGGGCCGGGGCGCCGGGGCAAGCGGGGCGCCGGCGGCGGCGGCGGCGUCUGCUGGCCCGGCGCUGCCCCAGCCUUUCCCCGGGACGCGCGGCUGCUGCUGCUCCUGCCUCCCCUGCUGCCGCCGCCGCCGCCGCCGCCGUCGCCGCCGAGCUCCGCGCCCGCAGCCUCCGCCUCCCGGAUGGACGCUCUGCCCCGCGGCGGGCUGCACCUGAAGGAAGAGCCGCUGCUGCCUGCGGGCCUGGGCUCCGUGCGCUCCUGGAUGCAGGGCGCGGGCAUCCUGGACGCCGGCACCGCGGCGCAGAGUGGCGUGGGCCUGGCACGAGCACAUUUUGAGAAGCAGCCUCCCUCCAACCUCAGGAAAUCCAACUUCUUCCACUUCGUGCUGGCCAUGUACGACCGGCAGGGGCAGCCCGUGGAGGUGGAGCGCACGGCCUUCAUCGACUUCGUGGAGAAGGACCGAGAACCUGGGGCUGAAAAGACGAACAACGGGAUCCAUUACCGCCUCCGGCUGGUGUAUAACAAUGGACUUCGGACGGAGCAGGACCUCUAUGUGCGUCUCAUCGACUCCAUGUCCAAGCAGGCCAUCAUCUACGAGGGGCAGGACAAGAACCCGGAGAUGUGCCGCGUGCUGCUCACCCACGAGAUCAUGUGCAGCCGGUGCUGUGACCGGAAGAGCUGUGGCAACCGGAAUGAGACACCCUCAGACCCCGUCAUUAUUGACAGGUUCUUCCUCAAGUUCUUCCUCAAAUGCAACCAGAACUGCCUGAAGAACGCAGGGAAUCCCCGAGACAUGCGUCGCUUCCAGGUGGUGGUGUCCACGACCGUGAGCGUGGACGGGCACGUGCUGGCCGUGUCUGACAACAUGUUUGUGCACAACAACUCCAAGCACGGCCGCAGGGCGCGCCGCCUGGACCCCUCCGAAGGUCAGGACCCCCGGUUCGCGCCCGCUGCCCUCAGGCCCAGCCGGCCCCCCGCCCCACCCUGGGGCCAGCCCCUGACCUGGCUCCUCUCCCGCCCCCCAGCGGCCACCCCCUGCAUAAAGGCCAUCAGCCCGGGGGAGGGCUGGACCACGGGCGGCGCCACCGUCAUUGUCAUCGGCGACAACUUCUUCGACGGGUUGCAGGUCGUGUUCGGGAACGUGCUCGUGUGGAGUGAGCUCAUCACGCCGCACGCCAUCCGGGUGCAGACGCCCCCGCGGCACAUCCCCGGGGUGGUGGAGGUGACCCUGUCCUACAAGUCCAAGCAGUUUUGCAAGGGGGCCCCCGGCCGCUUUGUCUACACAGCCCUGAAUGAACCCACCAUUGACUACGGGUUCCAGAGGCUCCAGAAAGUCAUCCCCAGACACCCCGGAGACCCCGAGAGGCUGCCCAAGGAGGUGCUGCUGAAGCGGGCGGCCGACCUGGCGGAGGCGCUGUAUGGGGUGCCCAGCAGUAACCAGGAGCUGCUCCUGAAGCGCGCGGCCGACGUGGCCGAGGCCCUGUACAGCGCCCCGCGAGCGCCCGCGCCCCUCGGGCCGCUGGCCCCCAGCCACCCGCACCCCGCCGUCGUGGGCAUCAACGCCUUCAGCAGCCCGCUGGCCAUCGCCGUCGGGGAAGCCACGCCGGGCCCGGAGCCGGGCUAUGCGCGCAGCUGCAGCAGCGCGUCCCCCCGCGGGUUCGCGCCCAGCCCCAGCUCGCAGCAGAGCAGCUACUGCAGCGGCCUCGGAGCCGGCCUCGGCGGCUACGGGGCGCCGGGAGUGGCCGGCCUCGGCGUGCCCGGCUCCCCGAGCUUCCUCAACGGCUCCACAGCCACCUCGCCCUUCACCAUCAUGCCCUCUAGCCCCCCGCUGGCUGCUGCCUCCUCCAUGUCCCUCUCGGCGGCUGCCCCCACCACCAGCGUCUUCUCCUUCUCGCCUGUCAACAUGAUCUCCGCUGUCAAACAGAGGAGCGCCUUUGCCCCCGUGCUGCGCCCACCAAGCUCCCCAACCCAGGCCUGCCCCAGAGCCCACGGAGACGGGCCUCCAGACCAGCCUUUUGAGGAUUCUGAGAAGUUCCAUUCUCCAGCCCGGGGGCUUCAGGGCCUGGCGUAUUCCUAAUGCGGUCUGCAGGUCUGGCCCCUGCUGGCCCGGACUGGAGGUCCCACCAGGAUUCACGCCCAUGCCCUGGAUGGCAGCACAGACAGAUGCAGGGCCAGGGCUGUGGGCAGACCUCAACCCAUGGGCAUGAGAGGGGAGAGGACUUCCUCCCCAUGCUCACGGCCCUCCACAGGCUUCCUUCACCUCCCUUUCUUGGGGCUGGUCGGAGCCCCAGCACUGUGCUGAUGCUUUUGGCAGGAAAGCAUCCCAGGAGGUGCGGGAUGUAGGACUUCACACUCUGGACCGGUUCUUGCGGAAGAGAUGGACUCUGUGCAGACCUGAAGCAUCAGGUGACAGGAGCACAGGAAGUGGACUGCGGGAAAGAGAAUAGCUCAGGGAGAGGUGGCCUGGGACGAUCCCAUUUGUGUCUGGCCCAUCUCACUGUCCCAGAGCCCCACUUCUCUCUAGGGCCUGGGAGAGGUCCAGCAGCCUCAGAAGGCCUGCCCAGGCUCCCAUGGAGCUUCCGAUGGCCGCCUGACCCCGUGGCUGCCCCCCUCCCAUCGCAGCCUGCACUCUCACGCUUGCCACAUCAUGAAUCCCAGUGGGGGCUUCAGGCAUGGCAGUGCAGAAGAGGGGGUGCUAGGCCCCCUGAAUUAUGGGUCUUCUUCCCAAUAUAUGUCCCAUGGACUCUGGCCCCCCCAACACACAUGACUCUGCUGGUCCCAUAGAACCUUGGAAUGGGCCCAGCUGCCCUGGACUCACACUCUGCUCUGUUGGGGUUGGAGAAAAGAGAACAAUAAACACAGAUGCAGGUGGCCACCCGGCCUCUCCUGCCUGCUUUCUUGGCGCGGGUCUGCGUUUCUAGGCUUCUCGUGAAGCCCGUCCAAAAUGUGACCCUGGGCAGCCUUCCUGCAGGUUGGGCUUUUCAACAGCCCCAGAGUUCCACUGAGCAGCUAUUCCCUUCCCAGGUCUCCUUUAGGUACUGUGUGGGGGUGUGGGGAGAGGGCGUACAGGCUUGAGGACCCAGGACAUGGGCUGAGCCCUGAGAUCUUUGGCUGGGAGCACAUUCUGGCCACUGAGGACUCCGUCCCCUAGCUGACUGGCCAGGACCAAAGGAGGGAUUGUACCCCCCUGGGUAGGGGUUGCUAGGAACCAGAAUAGAGCAAAUUAAACAUUACCUAGCUGUAAGUAAGAUCCUUCCUGACUAGAGGCUGCAGGGCCUCACUUGGGCUGGGUGGGGUAGCUUUUGGCUCCCAAAGUUGCUAUCUGAGCAAGUCUGACCCCAGGCCUAGCCACUUUCUGCCUCUCCUGUCUCAGAGUUUUAGAGGAAGGAGAGGAAAGAUUUCUGGACUCAUUUACCCCCUCUCCAGGAUGAAUCCCGGUUGUUCCCCUGAGACAUGUGCCCUAGAUCUCGGUCCCAUGGGUCAAAAAAAAAUGGGAACCACUUUUUUGAUCCAUUGUCCAGGGAUCCCAGUGUCCAGCCUGGCAGCACUCUUUGGCUCUCACCUGUGGAAAUCCUGUUCUUCCCCAACCCGUGUGCCUUGCAGCCCUCUGGGCAAAGACACUUGCCAAGGCAGAUGGGCUGGUCCUGCCGCUUCCUUCUCUAGUGUUCCUGGCCAACAUCUGGGACCAUAACAGGUAGCCUUCUGGUCAUCCUCCCGUUUGUAGUGCUUGCCCUCUCAGUUCUUGUUCCCAGCCUGUGUUGCAGAGCCCUGCCACCCCACACCCUGCUCCAUUCAGAUUCUGAGCAGUUCCUACUGCCUGGGGCUCUCCACUGCAGCCCACUGGACUGGAUGCAGAUGGUAGCUGGACAGUGGUCAUAUUCUGGUUCCUGAGAUGGGUCAGAUGCCACGGUUGACAGGAAUGAGGUGUGAUAUCUGUCUUCAAAAUUCUCUCAACCAUUUGAGUCGGCACUGCUCAUUCCCUGGUCCAGAGUAGGCAGAGCUGAUCGAUUAUGUUUGCUAUUAGUUUGAUGGACUGAAUUGUGUCCUCUUCAAAUUCAUACAUUCAAGCCCUAACCCUUUCCCCCAUAUGACUCUGUUUAGAGAUAGAGCCUUUCAGGAGGUGAUUAAGGUUAAGUAAGGUAAUGAGAGUCAUGCCCUAAUCUGAUAGAACUGGUGUCGUCGCAAGAAGAGGUCCCAGAGCUCCCUCUUCACUCUGUGAGGACACGGUGAGAAGGUGACCAUCCACAAGCCAGGAAGAGAGUCCUCGCCAGGAACCAAAUCAGCUGGCACCUUGAUCGCUGGUACUUGUAGUUUCCAGAACAAUGAGGAAAUAAAUUUCUAUUGUUUCGGCCACCUCGUCUAUGGCUUUUUGUUAUGGUAGUCCAAGGUGACUAAUAUAAUUGCCUUUUUCAUGUGUCUUAGUUUGGGUUCCCCUAGAAGCAGAGUCUGAGACAAGCUUCCUGCUGGAGCACUGGGGUAGACAAUGUAAAACACACCUCGGAGUUUUUCCACCCGAGGAGUAAGGGAACUGGAGCAUUUAUACACCAACUUCCAUCCGUCAGUGGUUGAGGGCUUCUGGGAGAAAGGGGAGCAUUACCUUGCUGGCACUUCCAGUCAGCCUCGGGGUGGUAAAACAGGUCCCGAAAGCUAGAGAAAAUCCUCAGGCAAAAAAAUGCAGGUGCUGACAGAUGGAGUCAGACAGGUGUGCACUGAAGAGAGAAAGAUGAGGAGAUGUGGGUGGGACACCAAAGUGUAUCUACCGAGGAGAUAGUCCCUGGCAGUCAACCUGUGGAAAAGGAAGCUGGUUUUUGUACUUGAGAUACGUUCGGAGUGGGCGUAAAUGUUCCUUUAUCUCCAAGUCCCAAUUCUCCUGAGACCACAUGACAGAAACUGCCCAGGUUGUUUCUAGAUGCUGGGUGACAAAGAGACCCUUCCCAGCAUCAGCCCACUCACUGGCUUUUUCCCCAAUCAGGAUAAAGAUAAGACAGCUGGUUACUCAAUCUUCAGAGAGACAACAUCUCCCAGAAAUCCUCUGCUUUCUUCCCAUAUAUUUCCCAGCAAAACUAGGCUGAUGUGUUCUGCAUCCUACCUGGGGAUCAGACAGCCUCUGAAGCUGCAUUUUUGCUCAGACAGGAUCCACUUGGGACUGGACUCAGUGAUUCAAGGGAAGCCAGGUAGCAGUUGAGACCAGCCCCACUGCUGACCAUUCUGCAAAACAUCCUUCUCCCCAUGCUACCCAUAUUGGUGGGCCCCUUAGCCUCUUCCAAAAACAGAAGUCUCCCAGAAAAAUGGAAACUGCCAUGCAGUGGGGAAAGGAUGGUUUUUUAAUCAAUGGCAUUGGAUCAAUUGGAUAUUAAAGUGAAAAAAUUAAACUUGA